AUGCUGCCAGGAAGCCAAGAUUUAAAGUCAAUACAGGGAAGCUGCCAUAAUGUUUGUACUGCUGUUCCUAAGCAUAUCACUUACAAGGAACUAAAAAACCUGUUAACUUCUGGAAACAUUAUGUUAAUUGAUGUUAGAGAGACAUGGGAAAUUCUCCAACAUGGUAAAAUCCCUGGGUCUAUUAAUAUACCAUUGAGUGAAGUAGGCCAAGCUCUGCAGAUGAACCCAAAAGAUUUCGAAGAGAAGUAUCAUGAAGUAAAGCCAUCCAAAUCUGACAGUAUCGUGUUUUCUUGUCAAGCUGGAGUGAGAAGCAAAAAGGCUAUGGACACAGCAAUAUCUCUAGGCUUCAGCAGUGCCCAACAGUAUGCUGGAGGAUGGAAGGAAUGGGUAACCUAUGAAUUUCCAGAGAAGAAACAAGGACAUUGAAUUUUGGAAUACAAGCGACUUCCCUUGUAUACAUGGAGUGUAAAAUAGGAUUGAGGCAAAAGAACAAUCAAAUCCUGGCACCAGUGGUUAAGCAUAAGAGCAAUCUGUGUAAACCA